AUGAGUGCACAACGACUGGUAAGUUUAUGAAUGCUAACUUUAUGUUAGUUUAAAAGUGAAACCAUUUGUAUGAUAGGAUUUUUUAAAAACUUAAGUUGUUUUUGCUUUUAUAAAAUUACAUUUAUAGUGUAAAUCUGUGGUUUAGCGAGAUGAAUUGAUGCUAAUCCUCCCUGCCUUACACAAAAGGAAAAAAUCAUAUUUUUAAAAAGUUAUAGUGGUCUGAGGAUAAGGCAAUUUAAUUUAGAAACAAAAAAAUUACAUUAAAACAUUGUUCUGAACCGCAAAUCACCCUAAAUUAAAAAUAUUUAAUAACAGAAGGAAGGCAAAAACAGUAAAAUAUGUUAAGUGUUGCAACCUAAGCAAAAAACCUUGGAAGUCAGCGUUCAAAAUGACAUCACAAGUUCCCAGUGUUUCAGUUGAAAAAAACCCAAAUCGGAGGUGGUAACAAGAUGGCUAUAUCUAACAAAACUUAUGUCAUCACUCGCCUUGUCCGAAUAUAAGGCAAACACUGAAAUAACUUUUGUAGAUGUAGCCAUCUUGUUUCAGGCCUCCAAUUUUGCUUUUUUCCGACUUGGUAACGAAACCCUUGGAACUUGGGUGUGACAUCAUUUUCAGCUCCGACAUCUGACUUCCGAGGUAACUCGAAUGCAGCAUCAGACACGACUUAUGGCAUGAUAUGAAAAAGUAAAUAUUUUUAUUUGAUGAAAGGGUUUCAGUGAUUAAAAUAUUGUUUGUGUUUCUUCUCUAGGCUUUAACUUCAAGCCCACAAGACAGAGAAAGUGAGAUGAUCGCUGCGCUUGUCAACAUGCUCACCCCAGAGGUGAUGGAACGCGCGGCUCAAACUCUCAGAGAGCAGAUGCAUUUAUUCAACUUUGACGAAACUGAGCAUGAUGAUUAUAAUGAAGAAGAUGAUGAAGAAUACCUUCGACGAAAGGCGGAGCAUCACAGGUUCUUUGAAAUGCGCAGAAUGGCUGCUGAGCAUGGUGAAGAUGUCAAUGUUCCAGAGGAAACUAAUUCUACAGCAGAGGUCCUCCAAGAAGUGAACACUGUCCUGUUUCAAGCUCCACAGGCAGAGAACCUCUGGGACACUCCUCCAGCCAGUCACAAGUUGUCAACAAAAAAACCAACUUUGAUCUUGGCCAUCAAGAUCUCUGAAAGUUCAGAGGUGUUGCCAGAGGAGGUGAAGUUUACUUCUAAAACUAGUGAAACUGAUUUUGCCAGGGUGGAUCCAACUCCAACCAUCCUGCAAAUUCAAGUCUUACCAGUCAUAGCGGAAGGAAGUGAGGAGUCCGAAGCUGGAGGACAGCCAACAAAGGUUAACAGUAGUGAGAAGACUCUGCAGACUUUUGAGGAUGUCCAUGCUCUGCAGACUUUUGAGGAUCUCCAUGCUCUGCAGACUUUUGAGGAUGUCCAUGCUCUGCAGACUUUUGAGGAUCUCCAUGCUCUGCACAAAAGUAAUUCUGCCACGGUGAAAAAGAACGCCCCUUGCAAACCAUUAAGAAAAGGGCUUAAGAAGACCUGCAUUGGCGAGAAGAAGGAAAAUGUCCCUAAAUCUGAGGAGGAAGCUUUAACCAAACCUGACCAGUGCUAUGCCCACCUGAGAAAACCCAAUGAGGGCGUUUCAGCUUCUGACCAGGCAGGCAGAGUCACUCAGAUGUCAAGGGGCCCAUCACAGGCUACCAAGACUUCUACUUCUAAAACUAGUGAAACUGAUUUUGCCAGGGUGGAUCCAACUCCAACCAUCCUGCAAAUUCAAGUCUUACCAGUCAAAGUGGAAGGAAGUGAGGAGUCCGAAGCUGGAGGACAGCCAACAAAGGUUAACAGUAGUGAGAAGACUCUGCAGACUUUUGAGGAUGUCCAUGCUCUGCACAAAACUAAUUCUGCCACGGUGAAAAAGAAGGCCCCUUGCAACCCAUUAAGAAAAGGGCUUAAGAAGACCUGCAUUGGCGAGAAGAAGGAAAAUGUCCCUAAAUCUGAGGAGGAAUCUUUAACCAAACCUGACCAGUGCUAUGCCCACCCGAGAAAACCCAAUGAGGGCGUUUCAGCUUCUGACCAGGCAGGCAGAGUCACUCAGAUGUCAAGGGGCCCAUCACAGGCUACCAAGACUUCUACUUCUAAAACUAGUGAAACUGAUUUUGCCAGGGUGGAUCCAACUCCAACCAUCCUGCAAAUUCAAGUCUUACCAGUCAAAGUGGAAGGAAGUGAGGAGUCCGAAGCUGGAGGACAGCCAACAAAGGUUAACAGUAGUGAGAAGACUCUGCAGACUUUUGAGGAUGUCCAUGCUCUGCACAAAACUAAUUCUGCCACGGUGAAAAAGAAGGCCCCUUGCAAACCAUUAGGAAAAGGGCUUAAGAAGACCUGCAUUGGCGAGAAGAAGGAAAAUGUCCCUAAUUCUGAGGGGAAAUCUUUAACCAAACCUGACCAGUGCUAUGCCCACCCGAGAAAACCCAAUGAGGGCGUUUCAGUCAGUGCUCUAAGGAAAACUAAAUCUGCCCCGCUAACAACAAACUGGCAGAGGAAACCAUUGUACAAAGGGGUUCAGGCGAGCGGAGUCACUCAGAUGUCAAGGGGCCCAUCACAGGCCACCAAGACAGACAAAACCUGUUAUGUGGUUAGCAGGAAUGUGAAUACUCUGCAGACCUCUAAGGAUGUCAGUGCUCUGAGGAAAAUUAAUUCUGCCCCGGUACAAAAGAAGCCGCCGUGGAAACCAUUCUACAAAGGGGUUCAGAAGACCUGCAUUGGCGAGGAGAAGAAAAUUCUCCCUAAAUAUGCUAAAAAAGCCAAACCAAAUAAAGUAGCAGCAGAAGACGUGGCCAGUCCAAAUAAAGUAGCAGCAGAAGAUGUGGCCAGUCCAAAUAAAGUAGCAGCAGAAGACGUGGUAAUUGACCUUGAACAUUCGGAGAUUGCUGCCAUCAUAAGAGGACUCUUCCAAAGUCUCAGUGAAGAGUAAGUUAUCAUUGAUCAUGUCUUAUGUAAAAAUUCUAAUAUACAAUUGGAUACAUUAUUGGCAUUUGUGUGCAUGAACAUCUGUGUGCAUGAACAUCUGUGUCUAACCCUGUGUUUUUGUGUUUUCAGGCAAUGGAGAGAAGUCAGCGAAGGAGUGUACAACAUUGAUGUGAAGGAGCAGCUGGUCAAGAUGUGCACUGAUGUCCUGCAGUACAGCGCAGACUCAAUCAUCAGACAUCUGUACAGGUCGAUCCUCAAAAGUUCCCCCCUAUCUGAAACCUUCAUCCUGAGGAGCCCGUUAUCCCGCAAACAUCUGCCGGAGAAGUUCAACCAGGACAUUCAGAGGGAUUUUGAAAGGAUCUUCGAACAAGCUUUCCAUGAUGUUCUUGGUGGUGACACCCAAGUAACUAUUUCACCUGAAUUAGGCAAAGCAUUAGCAGCAGAGGUCCUCCAAGCAGUGAACACUGACCUGUUUCAAGCUCCACUGGCAGAGAACCUCUGUGACACUCCUCCAGCCAGUCGCAAGUUGUCAACAGACAAAACAACUUUGACCUCGGCUAUUGCAACCAUGCGGUCCAUCCUCACGGGCCGAGCCAUGGUCAUCAAAAUGAAGACACAAAAGAAAAGUUCGGAGAUUCACCCAGAAGAAGACAGUACAGCCAGAGAUGAACACAUCCCGAAGAAGAAAAGCUUUUGGAAACGUUUGACUGCAUGGCGAAAGAAAAAAGUCAGCCCUGGUCAAGCGCCAGAACCAAAUAAAGCUGUUAGCCCGUCCCAUGCCAACUUCACGUUUAUGUCGAAUGGCGAGCAAGAACAUCCUUCUCACGCUCCAAGCACACCUCCUGAUUCCGGCUUUUUCUCCUGGCGUUACCUCCGCAACAUCUUUAAAAAGGUAAGUACACGUGGAAUCAAUUAGUAAGACCAUACUAAAAAUAAACAAAAAUAGAUUAUUCUGAUUAUUCAUUUGUCGAGUUUAAUGAAAAAGUCAAGUACUGAUGCCAUUGACUGUACAUACUAUACAAAGCUGGAUGAUCCACCUCCAUCCCUUUCUGUUGUACAGAAGUGAAGCCAAAAUAGCUUCUGCGAUAAAUGCUAACAUCUUGAUUUUACAGUUGGAUCCCCAUCCCACCUGUUAAAAGAAAGUAGAUGGGCUUUUUAACAUACACUGGAAAGCUCUGAGCAUUUUGGCUUCACCUUUAAGGAGCUACCAUGUUGUCCAUCUUUUUAUACAGCCAAUGUCAGCACAAUGGCGUCUGUGUAACAAACUAUGUUAGUCAAAGUAAAUUUAGAUCAGUUUCUUGUUAGUCUUAAAAGAUCACCAGACUAUUUUUUGUCUUAGCCUUAUGCACAUCGUCUUUCUUAUAUGUGUCAUUGUUCACCUCUGGACUUUUGUGCUAACAAUUUUUCUUCAUCACCUUCACAGAAACGAAACAGGAGAAAGGACAAGGACACUAACUGUACUGCUUCCGUUACGCAACCUACACAACCACAAUGGUAUGAAACAGUUCUGAGGUGGUUUAACCGUUAGCACUGUCGCCUCACAGCUAGAAGGUCCUGGGGUCCUGGGAGUUUGCAUGUUCUCCCCGUUUGGGUUUACUCCGGGUGCUCCGGUUUCCUCCCACAGGUUAAUUAGGUUAAUUAGCCACUUUAAAAAAAAACUUUAAAAACAUAACAAAACAUAUAUAUCCCCUCCUCGAGCUACCACCUUACCGUGGUGGAGGGGGUUUGUGUGUCCCAAUGAUCCCCGGAGCUUUAUGCCUCCAGGGAUAUUUGGCUCUGAGUUUCUCUCGCCCAAAGAAGUUCCAGCUAGAUAUAGUUGGACUCGCCUCGACACCUAGUGACUGUCCAUAAUGAACAUCAUGUUCAGACAUAAGGGUGUCCACAUGUCCACUUGGCAUCAGGACAACCUGGGCCGCAGUUCGAUGAUCGACUGAUCAUUAUAAAUAUACUGUAUAAAAAAAAAAUCUUUAUCUUCUCUUACAGCAAACUGUGUUUAGGUUGUUAGUUCUGGUUUUGCUUUACUAAAGCAGACAAAUAUUUGGCACCGAGUUUCUCUUGCCUGAAGAAGUUCCAGCUAGAUAUAGUUGGACUCGCCUCGACACCUAGUGUGGGCUCUCAAACCAGACCUCUUGAGUGGGGCUGGACUUCAUCUUCUCUGGAGUGGCCACUGGUGAGAGGUGCCGGGCAGGGGUGGCAAUCCUUGUUGCUCCCUGGCUCUGUGUCUGUGUGUUGGGGUUUACUCCAGUGGGCGAGAGGGUAGCCUCCCUUCGCCUUCGGAUAGGGGGGCGGAUCCUGACUGUUGUUUGUACCUAUGCUCCAAACAACAGCUCAGAGUGUCCACCCUUCUUGGAGUUCUUGGAAGGGGUGCUGGAGAGCGCUCCUUCGGAGGACUCCUUUGUUCUACUGGGGGACCUCAACACCCAUGUUGCCAACGAAAGUGAGAUCCCAGGUGGCGUGAUUGGGAGGAACGGCCCCCCGGAUCUGAACUUUGUAGUGCUUUGUUAUUGGAUUUCUGUGCUCAUCAUAGACUGUCCAUAAUGAACACCAUGUUCAGACAUAAGGGUGUCCACAUGUACACUUGGCAUCAGGACAACCUGGGCCGCAGUUCGAUGAUCAACUGAUCAUGAUAAUAACACUGUAUAAAAAAAAAAAAAAUCUUUAUCUUCUCUUACAGCAAACUGUGUUUAGGUUGUUAGUUCUGGUUUUGCUUUACUAAAGCAGACAAAUAUUUGGCACCGAGUUUCUCUCGCCUGAAGAAGAUCCAGCUAGAUAUAGUCGGACUCGCCUCAACACCUAGUGUGGGCUCUCAAACCAGACCUCUUGAGUGGGGCUGGACUUCUUCUUCUCUGAAGUUGCCACUGGUGAGAGGUGCCAGGCAGGGGUGGCAAUACUUGUUGCUCCUUGGCUCUGUGUCUGUGUGUUGGGGUUUACUCCGGUGGGCGAGAGGGUAGCCUCCCUUCGCCUUCGGAGAGGGGGACGGAUCCUGACUGUUGUUUGUGCCUAUGCUCCAAACAACAGCUCAGAGUGUCCACCCUUCUUGGAGUCCUUGGAAGGGGUGCUAGGGAGCGCUCCUUUGAGGACUCCCUUGUUCUACUGGGGGACCUCAACACCGAUGUUGCCAACGAAAGUGAGAUCCCAGGUGGCGUGAUUGGGAGGAACGGCCCCCCGGAUCUGAACUUUGUGGUGAUUUGUUAUUGGAUUUCUGUGCUCAUCAUAGACUGUCCAUAAUGAACACCAUGUUCAGACAUAAGGGUGUCCACAUGUACACUUGGCAUCAGGACAACCUGGGCCGCAGUUCGAUGAUCGACUGAUCAUGAUAAUCAUACUGUAUAAAAAAAAAAAAAUCUUUAUCUUCUCUUACAGCAAACUGUGUUUAGGUUGUUAGUUCUGGUUUUGCUUUACUAAAGCAGAACUGAUCAUGCUAAUAAUCUUGCUGUUCUCUACUGUGUGAAAAAAAAUAAACAAAAACUAUCAAAAAUCUUUAUCUUUUCUUGCAGGUAGUUGUUUUUUUGUUGCUGAAUUUGUGUUUACUUUUUAAUUGUGUUUGUAUGUCUUUAACUUUGUUGGAACGUGCUGCAGCUGUCUUGGCUCUCUUGUAAAAGAGACUUUUAAUUUCAGUGAGGCUUUUAUGGUCAAAUUAGAUCUAAAUAAAUCAAAGUAAAAUAGUUAUAAAUGAUGAGAUUUUUUUUCUUUGGUUGUGCAGAGGUGACAGACAACAAAAAAAUGCACUGCAGUGUGUGCCAUUUAAAAUUCAUAUUUGCAUAUACUACAAGUUCAUAUUAUGCAUCAUCGAAAAAUAAGUUGAUUUAAACGAAAAAUGUCUGCAGCAUAAAGGCAGGAGUGGCGUAUUUAAAUGCAAAGACGACAUUUCAAGAAGCACAGACAGCAGGAGUUUUUUUUGUUAUUUCCUAAAAUGAAGAGAAGCAGAAAAAGUCUUCGUCUUUUAUUUCUCCUUUUUUCUCCUGGGCUGUAAAGCUGUAGGAUUAUAUAUCUCUUGACAACUACAUUCAAAUGUGCAUUAAACAUUCUUUUUGGAUUACAGUCCUUUCAAUACUCAACACAAAUCCAUAUUGAUUUCUAAGAGUAGCAUAUGCAUGUAACACCCACUGUAAGCCUUUGUUUGCAGAGUUAAUUACUUUGUUGGCAUGGAUGCAGACGGGCUAGUCACUCCCUUCAGACUAUUAUGAUUAGAAUAUUUUGUUUUUAUGGCAACAAGCUGAAAAGAAAAUAAUUAUAGAAAUGUGCAACAGGGAUUAACUAUCAUCUUGUAAAGCAUUAAGCUGAAACAGAAAAAAAGGAAGGGGACACGAGCACAGAGAGAGUAGAUCACAGUACAACACAAAAUAAUGGCAAACACUUUUGUAACUCAUAACAGACAAGCUCAGUGAAACAGAAAAUGAAAUAUGGAUGAAGAACAUGUAUGUAUUUAUGUAUGUGUGGUUACGUAUGUGUGUGUGUGUCUGUGGGCACUUAAAUCUCUUUUGAUUUACAGGAGGCUUUUUUUUUGGGAUGACCUUUGAAGUGUCGUGUCAGAUUUACAGCUGUUAAAGUUUACACCCACAGAAAUUGGGAAAUCUUUGGUGCUAAAAAACGGCAAACAUAUUGCUUCGACUUUAUUUAGCUUGAAAAGAUGAUCACCAUAACGUGGUUUUAAGGUCUGAUACCUGGUUUAAGGGAAAUGUCAAGCAGCUGGGCUGAAACUUCACCGACUUCAUCAUUUCUGUUGAACAAAAUACCCUGAAAGGUCUUCCUUUUUUUCCCCCCACUAUCAGCGCGAUGCACCACUUUUACCGUUCAGGGUUGGGUACAUCCUGGAAAGGUCACCAGUCUAUCACAGGGCUGACAUAUAGAGACAAAUUACCAGUCAUGCUCACACUCACACCUAUGGGCAAUUUAGAGAGACCAAUUAACCUGACGAGACUGUUUUUGUGCUGUGGGAGGAAGAUGGAGAGAAUCCACGCAUGCAUGGUGUAAGGAUACCAAGCCCGGGUUCACACUUGGAAGAAUGGAAGCUUCACAGGAAUGAGCGGUUUGACAAGCUUUACUGGUAACAGCUUCAGCAUGCCACAAGUGUAUUUAAUUUUUUUUUACUUGUUACUUAUUUGUUCUUAUGGUUGAUACCAAUGUGGCCCUAAUAUAUUUUUUUGUAAAUGUAGACCUAAUAAUUUUUUUUUACCCAAAUGUGGCCCUAAUUCAUUAUUUUUUCCUCUUGUGGCCCUAAUACUCCGUCGUAGUGACUUGAGCAAUUUAUGUGAUUUAAAUCCUGUAAUACCUCAGCCCACCUCAUGGUGGCGCAUCAGCCCUGUGCUCAGUGACAUGACCAUGGAACAUGAUCUCAGUCUGUGCGAGCGCCAUCUAGCUACUGACCGGAGCACCCGCACUUAA